AUGAGUUCAAAAUCUGAUCAUGAUACUUUAGUUGAAAUGGGAUUUCCACCUGAUAAAGUGGCACGAGCCUUUCAAGCAACCAAAGGAGCAGGUUUGCAACCUGCAAUGGAUUGGUUACUUUCUCACCCCGGAGACCUUGACGAACCGGCAGGUGGACAAUCUUUAGGUGGACAACCUAGUGGAGAAGCAUCAGGAAGUGUAGCGAUAGCUUCGUCUUCUGGAUAUAGAGAUCCGAGUUUAGACGGAGAAAUUCAAGAUGGAGAACAAACAGCACAAUCAUUAAAAUGUGAUGAUUGUCAAAAAUUGUUUCGCGAUGGAGUUGCUGCGGAACGUCACGCAUCCAGAUCAGGACACGUAAAUUUUUCCGAAUCAACAACCCCUAUCAAGCCACUUACAGAGGAAGAGAAGGUGGCUAAACGCGAAGAGCUGAAGAGAAUUUUAGCCGAAAAAAAGGAAUUGCGCCUUCUUCAAGAAAAGGAAGAAGAGAAACGUCGGGAAAAGGUCCGAAGAAAGACAGGUAAAGAUUUAACCGAAGCUAAAGAAAAGUUGGAAGAAAAAGAAAUGCAAAAGAUAUUGUUGGCUAAAAAGAAGGAGAAAGAAGAAGAAAGGCUAGCAAAGGCUAAAAUAAAAGCACAGAUUGAAGCUGAUAAAAAAGAACGUACGGCCAAACGUGAAGCUGCUAAACAGGCGGCCCUCGAUGAACAAAAAAAAGAAGCUUCUGAAUCCUCUCUCGCCCCAAAAGAAUAUACCGAAGCACGAUUGCAGAUUCGACAACCUUCAGGUUCUCCUAUUAUUCACACUUUUCAAGCUACGGAUACUUUGGAAGUAGUAUAUGAGCUUGUUGGGCAGCACGUUCCCGGAUCUUUUAAAUUGAUGACAACUUUUCCAAGGUUACUAGAAUUCAACGAAAUACAAGUAAAUUAUUUUAUCUUCAGCUCUAACAUGUAUGAUUUUGUUGCCUUGUAG